AUGGACCUCACGCCCAACAACCAGACCUGCUUCCUAAGCCUAGGCCUAGUCGUCCUCGACGAGAUCCGCCUCCCAGGUCAAGAGCCAUUAAUAAAUGUCCUCGGUGGAUCUGGAGCGUACGCAACCCUCGGCGCUCGCCUUUUUCUCCCGGUCCCAGCGAGUCGAUCUGUAGGUUUGUUUCUCCGUGUUGGGAGGGAUUUCCCGGAAUCUACGAUUGAGAGUCUCGAAAGGUGGGAUGUCAGGUUGUUCAUAGACAAGGAGAGCGAGAGGCGGUCGACGAGAGGGUUGUUGGAGUACAAAGAUACGACGUUUGGACCAAAAACGUUCAAGUACACAACCACCCCACUACACGUCUCUAUAGACAGUUUACAUAACACACCUCUCCUAUCGUCAAAGGCCUUCCACUUCCUCGAAAGUCCACAGAACAUCACAGGACGCGUUUCAGAGCUUUUGACAUCAAGAUCAACGAGCUCGUUCAGGCCAGAUUCACCACUGAUAGUCUGGGAACCGGCUCCCCUGUCCUGCAAAGCAGAGAACCUAGCGCCAUGUUUGCAAGUACUACAAGGCGGCAUUGUCGACGUCUUCUCGCCAAACCAUAUCGAACUCGCGGCUCUUUUCGGGGAGGAGGCCACGCCUGAUAUAGCAAAGAUUGAGUCAUUAGCGCUGAGAAUGCUGAAUAGUCGGGCAGCCUAUGGUACAGACGAUGGUUCAGACCGGAGAAAGAGAACGAAACCUCAAACUAUCGUCAUCCGUGCCGGAGAGCAUGGAUGUCUGGUCUGCGGCCAUAAUCUCAAACCAACAUGGCUUCCGCCCUUCUAUGAGCCAAGUCCGGAGGGCGGACAGAAUGCUAAGAUUGUUGAUCCGACUGGGGCGGGGAACGCUUUUCUGGGUGGGUAUGCUGUUGGAUACGUUACCACAGGGAAUCUCAUUGAAGCGGGCUGCUACGGUGCUGUGGCUGCGUCGUUUGCGCUGGAGCAGGUGGGUGUGCCGGUUAUGGUGGCCAAAGGAUAUGAGGAGACCUGGAAUGGGGGGAGGGUGCUGGGGAGGUUAGAGGAAUAUCGGAGGCGUGUUGGGCUGUCUGGAAAUGAAACUAGAGCAGUUGAUUGA